AUGGAGAGAUCUUGUGUCGCAGGUUACCCGCCGCCUUCUCCACGCGUUUUCAUCCUGUGGCGCUGCCAAAUCGAUCUCACCGGAGAGGAAACAAUGUUAGCGACUCUUGUGGGAGAUGCACUUCAACAGAAGCUCCGACAAUGGACUGAGCAGGCUCCGUCGAGAAAAUCGAUCGGCUUUCUCGCACACCGCCGCUGCCACCAUUUGUCACGGAGGUUUCGUAUCUCGUCGACUCCUCUCCACCACGAGAAGAAAUCUGAAAUUUGGGGUUGUUACUGGAACCAUAUUCUUCUUGCUAGGGCUGUUACCGGAACCAUAUUCAUACUCUUCAUCGAUCUUACUUGCUUUUGA